AUGGUCCUCGACGAGGAAGACAUUUUUCUCGGCGCCACUACCACAGCUAGCUUUACCAAGGACAGCCCGCUAGUGGAAACAAACACAACAAGACGUAAUGAUAUAUUCUCCUCUGCGCUGGCUGGAUCUGGCGACCAGGAAUCUGUCAAGAAUGUCGUUGGAAUAUUUGUUAAUGUUGCUGAGCUCGACUUGCGAGGAGUUGAAUUUCAAGCCAUGCCUAGUGGCUUACACACUAUCAGUCAGGACGUAAUAUAUUUUGCGAGACCCCAUUACAAUGGCCUCGCAGCGUUUAAAAACCUUCCAUUAUUCGACCAAUCGAUAGACAGAGGUGCACGAAUGGCCUCUGUUGGUAUCGUUGUUUCUGCAACACCAGAGACUGGUCAAUGUGGACAGCCAUGGAGGCAUCUUGAUUUUCUAAAAAGUGAAGUCGGAAAGCGCGUCAAACAGUCGGGUGAUUACUCGAGCUUAAUGCAUUUUUACUCAAAAUGGGGGGUGCCGUUGAGCGAUUAUGAGCGAGAGGAGAACAGUGAUUCCGAAGAACCUACGCGUCGAGUGAUCGCGGAAGAGGGAACUCGAGGGAAUUUCGAAUUAAGAAAUCGUCUUAAUGGAUCGGAUACUACCGCCCUUGCCGAGCCUAUACGUAAUGCUGAUAUCAAACUUAUGGCUUCGCAUCCAGUGCGUGUUUUUGCAGACUUUGUUCGCCGUUGCGGACCUACGAUAUUCUUAUUAUGGAAAGCAGUGUUAUUAGGAAAACGGAUUCUUUUCUUCACAAAGCCUCCUGUUGAAGAAGCGUGUUAUGCCGUAUAUUGUACUUGUCUCGUUGGUAAUAUCCCUUCAAACGUAAACCGAUUGUUACCGAAACGCCCUGCAAAAACCAAACCAUUAUUCAAUAUUGGUGUCAGCGAUAUUCCGAUGCUCGAGUCGUUCGAGGGUGGUUAUGUUGCAUGCACGACCGACCGUAUAUUCCAACACAAGACCGGUCUCUAUGAUAUAAUGGUCAAUUUCGAUCCCACUCGACAACCGAGCGUAUCGUUAUCCGCGAAUUCUUCUCCUUCCAAGACUGUCUCUACACGAAUCAAUACUACCGACAUUUGUCGAUACCACUUGCUAUCAAGAUUGCUUACACGUUAUGAUCCAUUGAUUGAGGACGAUGAGGGUGAGAGUGGGCUGUUCACUUUGUUGAGUAAGAUACUUUGUGGAUGGAUUGGAGAUGAGCGAGAUGGUUAUAUAAGGCUUGAUGACAGCGAAUCAGAAAAUGUGGAUAGUUUCACUAUUAAUGAAAAUGGAGAGCGUCAACAAAUUGAGGUCGACAUCAUAAGAUAUUUCAAUACAUUGAAUGCAGAUUUGUUUAAUACACUUCGUUCAACACUCUCGUUGUCGGCGCGUGAGAAUGAUUUGGCUACCUAUUUGUACUCUAACCAUCUGAAUCAAUUACGCGUUAAUCCAAGGUAUGAUGGCGAGUUCGUAGAAGAGCUUGCAUCGUUGUAUUUUGACAGAGACGUCGAGGUGGUAGGCAAGCGUAGAAACUGGUUGAUGUAUUUGUAUGUUAGAAUGCUUGUUUUUCUUCAGCGUCUGUUUGAAUGGUCGAGCUCUCGGAGGUUAGACAGAGCUUGA